AUGGCGUACCGCCUCAUAACCCAAGUCGUCCUCAUUGGCACCCGCGUUGUGGGCCGCGCCUUCGCCGAGGCCUACAAGCAGGCCUCCGCCUCGUCCUCCUACCAGCGUGCACAGCAAAAAGCCGGCGGUGCAUCUGCAUCUGGGCGCGCAAGCAUCACGAGCGGCAUGACGCUCGACGAGGCUGUCAAGAUCCUGAACGUAAAGCCGCCGCAGGGUGGCAAGGCAGACAUGGAGGACGUAAUGGAGCGGUUCAAGCGGCUAUUCGACGCUAAUGAUCCGCAGAAGGGGGGAAGCUUUUACCUGCAGAGCAAGAUAUUGCGGGCAAGAGAGAGGAUCGAGGCCGAGGUGCGACCCAUGCAGGAGAAGAUGGCGCAAGAGAAGGAGGCAAAGGAGGGGUGGAAGCCGAAUAUCUACAAAGAUCGGUGA